AUGCUCGAUAGCAUGGGCGUCAGCACCCUCUCCAGUGCCGGCAAGGCGGUUCCGUACAUGCGAAUGACGGACCGCGCGGUUCCAUGUCAAGAGCCCAUCAUGGCCGCCGAUUUCGCAGAGUGUCGAAUACCGGGCGGCGUCGACCUCUGGACCCGUAAUGGCUUCUACUCGCCCGGGGUGUGCUUUGUUGGAUACAUGGCGCAUUGCACGCAGACAGUCGGGCCGAGUGACGGAUGGCCGCUUCGAGACGGCGAGACUGCAGUCAGAUGCAUACCAGAAGAUUACGACUGCAAUGCCCCAGACAAGGAUCAACGACUCUUCUCACACGACAGCAGCAACAACAACAACACUGACCCCGGUAGUAGUCGUAAGCACGACAUGGACCGCGGAAUCCAUAGCGGCAGCCUCCGGGACAGCUCCCCUCGGGCCGGGACGCCGGUUGAGGAGCAAGAAAGGAGCGACGGCACCCAGUGGUUCUGGAACCGCUGGCAAUGA